AUGAAGAAACAGCGUAGCUCAGACUUAGGGGAGCCUGAGAACCUACCCCAACAAGACUCCUGCUCAGAGCCUCCAGAUGGAGAUCCUGACUCCAAGCCACCUCCAGCCAAGUCCUACUUCUCCAGGGCCAAGAGCCGCACCCGGCUCUUUGGGAAGGGUGAUUCAGAGGAGGUGUCCUCUAUGGAUGGCUCUUACGAGGAAGGAGGGAUGGCUUCCUGCCCAACCAUCACAGUCAGCCCAGUUGUCAUUGUUCAGAGGCCUGGGGAUGGCCCCACCUGUGCCAGGCAGCUGUCCCAGGACUCUGUCACCACUGGCACCGAGAAGAUCCUCAAGCUCUAUGAUCGCAGGAGGAUCUUUGAAGCUGUCGCUCAGAAUAACUGCCAGGAGCUGGAGAGCCUGCUCCUCUUCCUGCGGAAGAGCAAGAAGCACCUCACCGAUUGCGAGUUCAAAGACCCUGAGACAGGGAAGACCUGUCUGCUGAAAGCCAUGCUCAACCUGCACGAUGGGCAGAAUGACACCAUCCCUCUGCUCCUGGAGAUUGCCCGGCAGACGGACAGCCUGAAGGAGUUUGUCAACGCCAGCUACACAGACAGCUAUUACAAGGGCCAAACGGCGCUGCACAUUGCCAUUGAGAGGCGGAACAUGGCACUGGUGACCCUCCUGGUGGAGAAUGGAGCAGACGUCCAGGCUGCGGCCCACGGGGAUUUCUUUAAGAAGAUCAAAGAGCGGCCUGGCUUCUAUUUUGGUGAACUGCCCCUCUCCCUGGCUGCCUGCACCAACCAGCUGGCCAUCGUGAAGUUCCUGCUGCAGAACUCCUGGCAGCCAGCCGACAUCAGUGCCAGGGACUCGGUGGGCAACACGGUGCUGCACGCACUGGUGGAGGUGGCAGACAACACAGUGGACAACACCAAGUUUGUGACAACCAUGUACAAUGAGAUUCUGAUCCUGGGGGCCAAACUCCACCCUACACUGAAGCUGGAGGAGCUCACCAACAAGAAGGGAAUGACACCAUUGGCCCUGGCCGCCGGGACCGGGAAGAUAGGGGUCUUGGCCUACAUUCUCCAGAGGGAGAUCCAGGAGCCUGAGUGCAGGCACCUGUCCAGGAAGUUCACCGAGUGGGCUUACGGGCCCGUGCACUCCUCACUCUACGACCUGUCUUGCAUUGACACCUGCGAGAAGAACUCAGUGCUGGAGGUGAUAGCCUACAGCAGCAGUGAGACCCCGAAUCGCCAUGACAUGCUCUUGGUGGAGCCACUGAACCGACUCCUGCAGGACAAGUGGGAUAGAUUCGUCAAGCGCAUCUUCUACUUCAACUUCUUCGCCUACUGCUUGUACAUGGUCAUCUUUACCACGGCCGCCUACUACAGGCCUGUGGACGGCUUGCCUCCGUUUAAGAUAAAAAACACCGUUGGAGACUAUUUCCGAGUCACUGGAGAGAUUCUGUCUGUGGCAGGGGGAGUCUACUUUUUCUUCCGAGGGAUUCAAUAUUUCCUGCAGAGACGGCCAUCCAUGAAGGCCUUAUUUGUGGACAGCUACAGUGAGAUGCUUUUCUUCGUACAGUCAUUGUUGAUGCUAGCAACUGUAGUGCUGUACUUCAGCCACCGAAAGGAGUAUGUGGCUUCCAUGGUGUUCUCCCUGGCCCUGGGCUGGACUAACAUGCUCUACUACACCCGCGGCUUCCAGCAGAUGGGCAUCUAUGCUGUCAUGAUCGAGAAGAUGAUCCUGAGAGACCUGUGUCGUUUCAUGUUUGUCUACGUCGUUUUCCUGUUUGGGUUUUCCACAGCGGUGGUAACACUGAUCGAGGAGGGGAAGAACAACUCCUCAUCAACUGAGUCCACAUUGCACAGGUGGCGGGGGCCUGGCUGCAGGCAAGUUGAUAGCUCCUACAACAGCCUGUACUCCACAUGUCUGGAGCUGUUCAAGUUCACCAUCGGCAUGGGUGACCUGGAGUUUACUGAGAACUAUGACUUCAAGGCUGUCUUCAUCAUCCUGUUAUUGGCCUAUGUGAUUCUCACUUACAUCCUCCUGCUCAAUAUGCUUAUUGCCCUCAUGGGUGAGACUGUCAACAAGAUCGCGCAGGAGAGCAAGAACAUCUGGAAGCUGCAGAGAGCCAUCACUAUCCUGGACACAGAGAAGAGCUUCCUUAAGUGCAUGAGGAAGGCCUUCCGCUCAGGCAAGCUGCUACAGGUGGGGUACACACCUGAUGGCAAGGACGACUACAGGUGGUGUUUCAGAGUGGAUGAGGUGAACUGGACCACGUGGAACACGAAUGUGGGCAUCAUCAAUGAAGAUCCGGGCAACUGCGAGGGCGUCAAGCGCACCCUGAGCUUCUCCCUGCGGCCAGGAAGAGCUUCAGGGAGAAACUGGAAGAACUUUGCUCUGGUUCCCCUUUUAAGAGAUGCCAGUACCCGAGAUAGAAACCCUGCUCAGCCCGAGGAAGUGCAUCUGAGACAAUUUUCAGGAUCCCUUAAGCCAGAGGAUGCUGAGGUCUUCAAGAAUCCCACUGCUUCUGGGGAGAAGUGAGGGGCUGCACACAGGGCACUCUCAACCUUGGGCCCUGGAAGACCUAACUGCUAUGAGGGUGGUUAGGCAGCACCUGUGUUCUAUCAGCUGCUGGCCUGCUCUGAGCCUGCCCAGCCGGGACAAGCUGUGGGAAGGAAGCAUCGUCAGAUGCAGGGGAAGAGAUGUAUCUCCAGCCAUCACUGUCCCCACCUGAAUCUCCUAACAGGAAGUGAUGGCUCUUGAGUUUUUACUUGCUUUAUUAAAUGGCAUGAAUGGCAUAUCUCUAUUAGGACACACAAGUUAGGCUCUUAUUUUCUUUGAUUUCAUAUUACGGGGAGCAAAAGUAAAUGAAUCCCAGGAAAACACCUUUGAGAACAAAACACUGCCUGUGAUGGAAAAUGCUAAAGCCCUUCUUCCUCCCUGUGUUGCAGUUACUAUCCCACCUGCCCAGAGUGGUCCAGGGUGGGUUGUGUGUGUGUGAUGACAUUUACUCCCCAGAGAAGGUGGGAGAGGCUGGUCCAUUCCCAGCUCUGGCAGAGCCAGGUUGUUGCAGGAGUGACUUCAUCCUUCUGUGUGAUAUGUCACAGUCUCCCACAUGGUAGCUCUAUUGCUGUACAGAUAAAAGCACAGAAACACACCGCAAAGCCACCUGGUGAGAAUUUUUCAAUGAUCUCCCAUUUGUAGGGGCUCCAGUCCUGCUCCCCUGCAGUGGCACAUCCUUCUACCCCCAUUCAUCCUGCCAUCCUCAAAUAAAUAUAGACAUACAUAUAUACGUGCGUCACAUCAAGCGUGGGGUUUGUGCUAGUCAUUGGGCUGGCAGAGCUCACAAGCGCUGCAGUCUAUGCUUGCCUGUGUUCAUGUACAUGUGGGUGUGUGUGUGCAGGACCCCCUAUGGCUAGGAGCACACCUGUGUGUGCAUGCGUAUCUGGGAGUGUGUGUGCAUGAAGCCCUAUGGUUAGGAGCACGCCUGUGUGUGCAAGCACCAUAUGGCUAGGAGUAUGUGUGUAUGUGAAUGUGUGUGUGUGUGCAUAUGAUACCUCAUAUGGCUGAGAACCUCUGCUCACUCUUUAGUGUUACCCAGGGGUGAGGGCACGCCUUCAUAUAUUCACUUAUUAUAUUCAGCAAACUGUGGUCCACGGGCCCAAUCCCA